CUACAGAGCAGCAGCAGAUUUUACUCUCCAGACUCCAGAAACUGCUUCAUCCUGACUGUGUGGGACAAGAACAGAGAAGAAGAAGGGUUCGUGGGUCCAGGUCUGUGGUCCCGGGUCGUCCCGUGCAGGAGGGGCUGGUUUCUGUGGCUCCUGUUUACUCCUGCUGGAUUUAACUCAAACCAGAUGCUUCCUCUGCCAGACUCCGCCGCCGGACGGGCUGGUUUGAACUCCUCUGCGACGCCACCAAACUCCACGCGUUUCUCCUCAAGUUUUAAGCCUCGCGUUAAAUAGAAAAUGCGCGGUUGUUGCUCAGUUUAACGGAUCUGUUUGGAGGUUUUACCGGAUUCUUCUGACGGUCCCGUUAAUCCAGGUUUUUUUAUCAGCUGACGGGACGUCGGCUUCAGUUGUGCUGCGCACUUUGGAUUGAGACAAACCAGCUGGAUGAUUGGAUAAAUAAGAGAGAAUGAUUUGCCUUUGAAGAGUCGGACGGUGCUCGUUCUUCCUCUAAACUUUAAAGCCGCAGGAUCUGGACCUGAGGAGGACAGAAGAUGCGGUUCUGCUGCUUGGAAGCGAAGUUGUGUCCUGCGCCGCGCGUCCCGGCUGCUCCGCUGCACAAACCGCGUCCCGCUUCAGAAUCAGCGCCUUUUAGCAUUUGAUUCGUUGCUGGUUAAAGUUCUUUGGAUUCACAACAUGCGUUAAGACUUUACCAGACUGUCGUGGAGCCGCUAGCAAAUUCGGCCUAAAUAUAAUCCAUCCAGCGGCAGAACAGGAUCUAAGAGAACAACUUCCCGAAGCUGACCAGGAGCCCACAGAGGUGAGAUGAUGAAGAUGUGAAGGGUCCCCCUCCUCUCAUGCGGUGCGUCCUGGCUUCAGCUGCCGGACUUCUCCUGAGGGAGGCCGGGAUGCUCCUGCGCCGCCGGUCCUGCUCCGGCCCGCUGCUGCUGCUCGGGGUGGCGGUGUGUCUCUUCUACCAGCUGAUGGUGGUCCGGAACCGGCUCCGGUCCGGACAGCAGCAACCCGCCGCCGAUAUCCGCUGCAGGAGGCCGUCGGACGAAGUCCUGAUGGAGGAGACCAGGAGGUUCCUGUCUACUCUGGAGACUCUGCAGAUACAGCCGUCCCCUCGGCGGCGGCGGGCUGUGGUUCUCAUGGGUCGACACCUGGUCUCAGACACCGAGGUCCAGCUGUACCAGCAGGUUCUGCAGCAGAUGGGCCAUGAGGUCCAGCUGUCCAGAUACGCCGAGACCAGCAGCUUCCUCAGAACAAAUCACGGUGUGAGUGGGUGGAGCCUGUUGCUGUGUCUCAGCAGUUCAGAGAGAAGCUGUCUGCGGAGAAUCUCCUUCUCUCACCUGCAGCGUCAUCAGAUGGUGAACAUGUUGCCAGGGGUGAUGGAGGCGUUCUCUGAUGCAGGUGGAGGUCUCUGUCACUUCUACGCUCGGUCACACCUGACAGGAUCUGAAUUACCCAUGAGGCCAUACUCCUGUGGAUCGACCAAUCAGAAGCUGCAGGUUCCUCAGGACUCUGCGGGAGCUGACAGCCAUUCACCUGUCGGAGCCCCGCCUCCUGCUCUGGUUGCCAUGGUGAAUGUUUACAUCCUGGUGACCUCAGUAAAGCCGCUGACUUCCUUCCUGCAUGACAUCACUGUGGUGACGACCAAUCAGGAGCAGAGGGGGCGGCCCACAAAGCUCAGACGCUUCCUGCUGCAACAGCUGGGACCGGUGGCGUCCCAUGAGGCUUUGGGGCGGGUGAAGAAGGUGAUAGGGGAAGUGUUGCAGGCUGCAGUGUUGACCAAUGAGAAGCAACAAUCUGUCCACAGGUGCGUGCUGUGUUACCAGCUGCUGACCUUCACUCUGCUCUUCAGCGGCUCCAUCACACCGGUGGUCGUCCAGGUGGACGUUGACCUGACGUUUUCCUCUCUGAGCGACGACACGUUUGAUGGACAGAUCACCAGAGACCUGAUGCUGAAGGACACACUCCACUUCCUGCUGCCGACAGACACACACCUGUCCUCAGAGACACACCUGUCCUCGGAGAAACUCACACAGACAUUGGGGGGACAGGACGGUGGCUGCAGAGGGACAAACACUGUAUGUGUGUCAGAAGACGAGUUUUUUCUUCUGCUGCAGUUUCAGCGGCAGAUGAAGACGCCUUCAGCGUUUCAGUUGGUAACAAAGUACACACUGUGACCUCAUUAUAUACACAGUAUACAUACCAUGAAGUACACCCUGUGACCUCAUUAUAUACAAAAAGUACAAAUACCAUGAAGUACACACUGUGACGUCAUUAUAAAGUACACACUGUGGCCUUAUAAUAAAGUACAACCUGUGACCCCAUUAUAAAGUACACCCUGUGACCUCAUUAUAAAGUACACACUGUGGCCUUAUAAUAAAGUACACCCUGUGACCUCAUUAUAAAGUACACCCUGUGACCUCAUUAUAAAGUACACCCUGUGACCUCAUUAUAAAGUACACACUGUGACCUUAUAAUGAACUACACACUGUUCCCUCAUCAUGAAGUACACCCUGUGACCUCAUUAUGAAGUACACCCUGUGACCUCAUUAUGAAGUACACCCUGUGACCUCAUUAUGAAGUACACCCUGUGACCUCAUUAUGAAGUACACACUGUGACCUCACACUGUGACCUUAAAAUGAACUACACACUGUGACCCCAUUAUAAAGUACACACUGUUCCCUCAUUAUGAAGUACACCCUGUGACCUCAUUAU